AUGGAAGUCGAAGAUUUUGAAGUCCAUCACGAGAAGGAUAGCUUGGACUUCUACGUGCUACUCCUUACCCCACACUUACUAGGCAGCUACGAACCUUCAUCGCCGGCUCGGUUUCUUGUCAAGUUUGACUACCAAGUCAACCACAUAUACUACGAUAUUCGUUCAUCAGAUGAUAUUGGAACUCGUCGUGAAACCCUCGUCGACCAAUUUCAAGAAAAAGAUGAAAAAACAAUUGAAUUUGAGAAGCCUGUGUUGAGGAAGUGCGGCGAGUCGUACGAGUUUCUUUCUCAGGUGUUGUCGUCCUUUGGAAUUGCAAGUUCAGAUGAGAAUGCUGGGUUGCAUGAUCAAAUAGUGGAUGGGAUUAUAAAGUGGGGUCGCAAAAUUCGACAGGAAAUUUUUUCCGACGAGCGUCCAGAGGUAUGGGGGUUGUAUGUUCAUAUUGGAAACGACCAUGCCAUGUAUAGGUGUGAGGAGUUUUUGAAGGGUAAGGUUAGGUGGAAAUCAAUGGCGGCGAGCAAUUAUAAAGGUAUGGUAUCGAUCAAGAGGGUGCUAAAGAAGGUCAUAGAUGGUAAAUUAGGAUCAUGUGUUGAUGUGAAGGAGGAGGGUACAAAGAGAAAAGGAAGGAGAAUUACCGGAAGUGAUAAUGCGAAGGAGGAGGGCUGGAGCCCACUCCAGCCUAGUAAUAGAUCCGCCCUUGAUUCGUAUCUUGUUCUUUCUAAGGCGAUGUUGUCUUUCGGGAUCACAAGAGAUCGUGUUGUGCGGGAUAUAGUGGAUGAGAUUCCAUGUUUGGUGGCUAGCGUUAUGAGAGAGUCACUGGCGGCAGCCGAGGUCAAGAUGGUGCCGGCAAGUGAGUCAUCCAUCAAGAAGGUCCUAAAGAAGGUUAUAGUUGGUCAAGGGGGAGAGUCAAUAAGGAGAAAUUAUCUGAGUGUAAGUGAUGAUGUGAAGGAGGAGGAAGAGAGAAAGAGGAGGAGGAUUAGUGUGAGUGAAAGUGAGAGUUGCAGUGUUUGUAUGGAUGAGUUUGAGGAAGGAACAACUGUCGCUUGGAUGCCAUGCUCUCAUGUGUUUCAUGGCGAGUGCAUAGUAAACUGGCUCAGACAAAGUCACUACUGUCCUGUUGCCGCUUUGAGGUGCCGACUGAUUGAUGAAAACCUUUGCUUAAUUGGUUCGAUGUAA